AAAAUGACACAUAUCAAGGAGACAGGAAGAGGUUCUGUGGUGUAAUCAGAAAUGAAACUCAUACCGUGCCUCACUUCAUUUCCUUUAGCGGCAAGACACACAAACAUUAUGCACAUUUGACAUUCAUACCUGUCUGUGCACAGUAGGUCUAUCUGCAUGGUAACCUCAACCCAAACCUAACGGCUGGCUCAAACAAGAAAUGGAGCUGAUUGAACUCUUCUGCAUUAUAUGUUUCACCGCCCUGUGUACUGCUAUAGAUGAAUCCGGUCUUCCCAAACCAGCCAUAAAGCUCAACACAGCUUGGUCCCAGGUGUUCUGCACUGAGAGGUUGGAGCUGAGCUGCACAGUGGAGGGUAGCUCUGAAUGGAAGUUCACAUGGUUCAGAGAUAGCAAGGAGAUCCAGGCUGACCACAGUGGUUCUGUCCACUGACGGGACUACCCUGUCCAUACCCGCCGCUUCAGUGGUAGACACUGGAAAGUACAUGUGUGAAGGACAACAUAAGAACAGGACUCUCACCCCUUACAAAAGUGAUGAACUUACCCUCAAAGUCGACGAGAUUCCCGUUCCAUCGGUGGCUCUCCAGACACCAUCGUCUGCUGUCUUCACCUCUGAGUCAGUGGAGCUGAAUUGUAGUAUGGAGGACAGCCCAGACCUCUGGACCUAUACCUGGUACAGAGGAGGACAUGAAGUGGUGCAGGGGGCAGGUGUCUCCUUUGGGUCAGAAGGAUCUGAUCUCACGAUUAGCCAGGUUAGACCAGAGCAUGCGGGACAGUACACCUGUACUGGACAACUCAAGGGCAGACCUGUUAAUUCUGAACCCAGCAAACCACAGUCCUUAGAGGUCAAAGAGAUUCCCGUUCCAUCGGUGGCUCUCCAGACACCAUGGUCUGCUGUCUUCACCUCUGAGUCAGUGGAGCUGAAUUGUAGUAUGGCGGACAGCCCAGACCUCUGGACCUAUACCUGGUACAGAGGAGGACAAGAGGUGGUGCAGGGGGCAGGUGUCUCCUUUGGGUCAGAAGGAUCUGAUCUCACGAUUAGCCAGGUUAGACCGGAGCAUGCGGGACAGUACACCUGUACUGGACAACUCAAGGGCAGACCUGUUAAGUCUGAACCCAGCAAACCACAGUCCUUAGAGGUCAAAGAGAUUCCCGUUCCAUCGGUGGCUCUCCAGACACCAUGGUCUGCCGUCUUCACCUCUGAGUCAGUGGAGCUGAAGUGUAGUAUGCAGGACAGCCCAGACCUCUGGACCUAUACCUGGUACAGAGGAGGGCAAGAGGUGGUGCAGGGGGCAGGUGUCUCCUUUGGGUCCGAAGGAUCUGAUCUCAUGAUUAGCCAGGUUAGACCAGAGCAUGCGGGACAGUACACCUGUACUGGACAACUCAAGGGCAGACCUGUUAAGUCUGAACCCAGCAAACCACAGUCCUUAGAGGUCAAAGAGAUUCCCGUUCCAUCGGUGGCUCUCCAGACACCAUGGUCUGCCGUCUUCACCUCUGAGUCAGUGGAGCUGAAGUGUAGUAUGCAGGACAGCCCAGACCUCUGGACCUAUACCUGGUACAGAGGAGGACAAGAGGUGGUGCAGGGGGCAGGUGUCUCCUUUGGGUCCGAAGGAUCUGAUCUCAUGAUUAGCCAGGUUAGACCAGAGCAUGCGGGACAGUACACCUGUACUGGACAACUCAAGGGCAGACCUGUUAAGUCUGAACCCAGCAAACCACAGUCCUUAGAGGUCAACGAGAUUCCCGUUCCAUCGGUGGUUCUCCAGACACCAUGGUCUGCUGUCUUCACCUCUGAGUCAGUGGAGCUGAAGUGUAGUAUGCAGGACAGCCCAGACCUCUGGACCUAUACCUGGUACAGAGGAGGACAAGAGGUGGUGCAGGGGGCAGGUGUCUCCUUUGGGUCCGAAGGAUCUGAUCUCAUGAUUAGCCAGGUUAGACCAGAGCAUGCGGGACAGUACACCUGUACUGGACAACUCAAGGGCAGACCUGUUAAGUCUGAACCCAGCAAACCACAGUCCUUAGAGGUCAAAGAGAUUCCCGUUCCAUCGGUGGUUCUCCAGACACCAUGGUCUGCCGUCUUCACCUCUGAGUCAGUGGAGCUGAAGUGUAGUAUGCAGGACAGACCAGACCUCUGGACCUAUACCUGGUACAGAGGAGGACAAGAGGUGGUGCAGGGGGCAGGUGUCUCCUUUGGGUCAGAAGGAUCUGAUCUCACGAUUAGCCAGGUUAGACCAGAGCAUGCGGGACAGUACACCUGUACUGGACAACUCAAGGGCAGACCUGUUAAGUCUGAACCCAGCAAACCACAGUCCUUAGAGGUCAAAGAGAUUCCCGUUCCAUCGGUGGCUCUCCAGACACCAUGGUCUGCCGUCUUCACCUCUGAGUCAGUGGAGCUGAAGUGUAGUAUGCAGGACAGACCAGACCUCUGGACCUAUACCUGGUACAGAGGAGGACAAGAGGUGGUGCAGGGGGCAGGUGUCUCCUUUGGGUCAGAAGGAUCUGAUCUCACGAUUAGCCAGGUUAGACCAGAGCAUGUGGGACAGUACACCUGUACUGGACAACUCAAGGGCAGACCUGUUAAGUCUGAACCCAGCAAACCACAGUCCUUAGAGGUCAAAGGUAUUCCCAAACCAGCCAUAAAGCUCAACACAGCUUGGUCCCAGGUGUUCUACACUGAGAGGGUGGAGCUGAGCUGCACGGUGGAGGGUAGCUCUGAAUGGAAGUUCACAUGGUUCAGAGAUAGCAAGGAGAUCCAGGCUGACCACGUGGUUCUGUCCACUGACGGGACUACCCUGUCCAUACCCGCCGCUUCAAUUGGAGACGCUGGAAAGUACAUGUGUAAAGGACAACAUAAGAACAGGAAUCUGACCGCAUACGAUAUGAGUGAUGAACUUCCCCUCAUAGUCAACGGUAUUCCCAAACCAGCCAUAAAGCUCAACACAGCUUGGUCCCAGGUGUUCUACAAUGAGAGGGUGGAGCUGAGCUGCACGGUGGAGGGUAGCUCUGAAUGGAAGUUCACAUGGUUCAGAGAUAGCAAGGAGAUCCAGGCUGCCCACGUGGUUCUGUCCACUGACGGGACUACCCUGUCCAUAUUCGCCGCUUCAAUUGGAGACGCUGGAAAGUACAUGUGUAAAGGACAACAUAAGAACAGGAAUCUGACCGCAUACGAUAUGAGUGAUGAACUUCCCCUCACAGUCAACGAGAUUCCUGUUCCAUUGGUGGCUCUCCAGACACCAUGGCCUGAUGUCUUCCCCUCUGAGAAAGCGGAGAUGAACUGUAAGAUGCAGGACAGCCCAGACGACUGGACCUACACUUGGUACAGAGGAGGACAAAAGAUGGCGGUGCCAGGUGUCUCUUUUGGGUCCGACGGAUCCCAGCUUGUGAUUAGCUCUGCUAGACAGGAGCAUGAGGGAGAGUACAACUGUACAGGACAACUCAAAGGCAGAGCACCUGUUACGUCUGAACACAGCAAGCCGCUCUCCUUAUCUGUCUAUGAUAAGAAACCUACACCAGAGCUAAUACAAGAUCCCGGGCAUCGGAAGAUGUAUGCCAAGGAAUCAAUCAAAUUCAGCUGUAAGGUUAGCACUUCAUCUGGAUGGGAGUUCCAUUGGUUCAAGGACUCAGCGAAACUCCCGAAUCAAGGGGAGAACUACACCAUCCCAUCGGCCUCCUCUGUCAACGCCGGGGCGCAUCGAUGCCGUGCAACAAGAGGACAGGAACCACCCUUUACCACAGAGGACAGUAAUACAAUAAGCAUCAGCGUUGAAGUGCGUCCCAGGGCCACGGUGACCCUUCUAACAGGGUGGUCUGAGGUGUUCUCCGCCGAUCGGCUGGAUCUGAAAUGCGAGGUGCACGGGAGCGAAGACACGUGGAACUACACAUGGUUUGGAGGAAGUGAGCAGUCCCCGUUGUCUUUUAACGCCAAACACCCGGUCAUGAGUAAAGACGUGAACCAGAGCCACUACAGCUGCAUGGGCAACCGCUCUUCACGGCCUUUGUAUUCCCAGCGAAGUGAACCCUUCAAGACCACCAAUCUCCUUCUUAAGAGAAGAGUUCUGCUCUCCAUAUCUGGAUGUCUGUUCUUCGGCAUCAUCGCUGUCUUCAUCGGAUGCAUUGUGAUGAGAAUAACACGCAAACCAGUCACGAGCGAAGACAAACCCGAAGAGGUCAACCUCUUUCUCACCAGGGCGGAGCUGCAAGCUAGUGAUGUUGCACCUUGUCCACUGGCGGAGUACGUCAGUGAUGAAGAAAAGCCGGCUUUAACUAAAGAUGCAGCAGACAUAGACCCCGUUUGCCAUGAAUCAACACCUCUUCCAUUAAGUUUCUCUGAGGUCGAAGCUGAGACGUCCGAGACCAAUGGUGGACUAAAGUCCUUUAAAUAUUGACCUGGUUGAACCGUGAUGACUCGAACCAUUCUUCUGACCUGACUUGGUUAAACAGUUGCAAAUUAUUAUUAUUUUUUCAUUGAUGUUUAUGGUUUAUUGUUGCAUUGUACAUGUUUUAAUGGGAACCUACUGAUGUAGGAUGGUUUGAUAUGAAAUUAUUGGAGCAAACACCAGAUGGCAGCAUACAUACUUCUGCCUCUAACAUCAAACUGACUAUCCAGCAUCUCCCUUAUCUGUAUGAAGAUGUAGGCAUAUGUCAGAAGUUUAUAUUGGUCCUAGACAACUUACCAUUGAUGUUUUCUGUUGUCUUACUAGUGUUAUCAUAAUUACAUUAUGAGAGUGUGUGGAUGAUGGCAGGUUUAAGUAGCCUCACCUGGCCCAGUCUGAUUCUGGGGCUGGCUGAGCCUCCAAGCACACUAGGGAAGAUCUCCUGCAUAGCAGUGGAGCCCCCUUGCCAUGUUCAUUACCUGCUAAACUUACAUUAAACUGGCUUCAACAUAACCAGCCUAUGUCCUUUGGUUGGAGUAGCCCAGAAAAGCCGCCUAGGUGGUGUGGUGCAUUGUCGCUUCGUACAGACAUAUACCCUAAUUAUAUCAUUCAAGGGAACAUGUCCCUUUACCGGGGAAAAAUGUAAUUUAGGCCCUGUAAGGCCUAAUUGGCCCUGCACUAACCAACCAAUAAAACAGCAAUGAAACACCUACAAACCAACACCAAAGUAUCAAACCGUUCCACCGGAAGCAUUUAUUGACCUCCGGCCCAAGGUCGUGGCGGCGGUCUACUAUAUACACGGGAUGCCACGCUCGCUGGCGCGGGCGACGCCUACUUGAGGAUCCCGGCCAGCCUCUCAGUGUAGUAGUUGUAGUUGUCCUGGCAGUCCUCCCACGGCGCGAAGCUCUCCUCCUCCCUCUCCACGUACGUCUCCCACACGUGCUGGAAGUCGGCGGGCUUCAUCAUCCUCAGCUUGCAGCCGGCGCCGGCCAGAGCCUUCAGGCCCUCGCAGGUCUCGGGCUCCUCCCACUGGAAGAGGCGGGAGCAUAGGAGGGUGAGGCGCACCGUCUGCCGCUGGCGCAGCACGCUCGUCACC